AUUAAACGAAACAUUCUCUUAAAAAUUUUAGUAAUCUUUCAUUGAUUAUCCAUAAAUAUUGGAAAGAAUCAACAAUAUUCUUAAAUGUGAUGUUAAAGUAACUGAUGCCUUGGAUAAAGAUGACUAUACAAACACUGGAUGAGGCCAUUAAUCCAAUUAGAGUAGAAAAAAUUAGGCAUUGAUUGGAAACCCAAAAAAGCUAAAACAAGAACUUAAAUAUAAAAACAUGAGUACAAUUAAUUCAUCAAACUCCAACAAUAAAUUCUUUCCAGUAUUUAGUCAUCUGAAGUAUGAGUAUCUUGUAGCUGGUGUUGCAGGAGGAACUAUUUCAACCUUAGUAUUGCAUCCAUUAGAUCUAAUAAAAGUUCGAUUUGCUGUUAAUGAUGGUCUUUCCAAAUCAACUCCAUACUAUAGUGGAUCAAUCAAUGCUUUUGGUAAAAUUGUAAAAUCAGAAGGAUAUAUUGGGUUAUAUAGAGGAAUUAUUCCUAAUAUUUUAGGGUCAGGAACAUCUUGGGGUUCCUAUUUUCUUUUAUAUAAUUGUAUAAAAACUUGGAUACAAGAUGGGAAUACAGGUGAACCUUUAGGUCCAUGGAUGCAUAUGAUAGCUGCUGCAGAUGCUGGCAUUCUUACACUAUUGGUAACAAAUCCAAUUUGGGUAGUAAAAACAAGAUUAUGUCUGCAAUAUACUGAAGAUAUAGACCUUUCCGAAUCAAAAAGAUACUCUGGCAUGAUAGAUGCUUUGAAAAAAAUUAGUAUGACUGAAGGAAUUAUAGGAUUGUAUAAGGGAUUUGUGCCAGGUUUGUUUGGUGUUUCUCAUGGUGCUAUACAAUUUAUGACAUAUGAAGAAAUGAAAAUUAAAUAUAAUUUGUAUAGAAAUAAGUCAACCAAUGCAAAACUUGAUACAAUGGAAUAUAUCGCUUGUGCAGCUAUUUCAAAACUAAUUGCAGCAGCAAUAACUUAUCCUUAUCAAGUGUUGAGAGCUCGACUACAGGAUCAUCACCACAAUUAUCAAGGAACUCUUCACUGCAUUGAAAGUAUUUGGAGAUAUGAAAGUUGGAGAGGUUAUUACAAAGGAUUGAGUAUCAAUCUGAUGAAAGUGACACCAGCCACAGUGAUAACUUUCGUAAUUUAUGAACACAUAUCACAAUAUCUUUUAGGUAUGCAUAAAAAAAAAAUGGAAUUAUGAAAAAAUUAUAUAAUACAAUUUUUAAAUAUUAA